GAGAGUUUUAGGAAGCGUUUGGAAAGUGGAGAGAGCUAAAGUUUGUAUCUUUGGUUAGGGACAGUCAAAAUCAAAUCCCUAUUUUGAUUCUUCCUUUGAGAAGAAAUUUCGAUCAUGGUUAAGCUUCUUCAAGGUCCGCUUCCACCUACCAAGGAGCUGCUGAAGAAAAUGAUAGAGCUAGAGCAAAGUCAGGAGCAUCUAAUGCAGGAGAUGUCUCGGCUCAAGGUAUCCACGGAGCUUAGGCAGCCAUCGCAUCCGCGUCCGAAGGAGAGUCGUAUCCAGGGUUAUAUGAAUUUGAGACCAUCGCCCUGGAAGUUCACUGAUAAACAGUAUCUCAAUAUUUUGCAGUCCAUGGCACAAUCUGUUCAUGCCUUCGAUCUCAAUAUGCGUAUUAUCUUUUGGAAUGCUAUGGCGGAAAAGGUUUAUGGGUACUCUGCUGCAGAAGCAGUUGGGCAGAACCCAAUUGACGUUAUGGUAGAUGAUCGGGAUGCCCCCUUUGCCAUGAAUAUUGCUCAACUUUGUUCCAAUGGAGAGAGCUGGACUGGCAAGUUUCCUGUCAAGAGCAGAACUGGAGAGAAAUUUUCAGCUGUCACUACAUGUUCCCCCUUCUAUGCUGAUGACGGUUCUCUUAUUGGGAUCGUUUCUGUCACAAGUGAUGUAGCACAGUAUCUCAACCCGAGAAUCUCUUUGCCUAAAUUAAAGGCGUCAGAAGUUGAAACCAGCUCUAGCCCUGCAAGCAAUAGUUUUGCCUCUAAACUUGGUUUGGAUUCCAAAAGAGCUGUUGUAUCCAAAUUUGGCCUUGAUUCUGAUCAGCCUAUACAAGUUUCUAUAACAUCAAAGAUAUCAGAUUUGGCAUCCAAGGUGAGCAACAAGGUCAGGUCGAAAAUGCGAGCAGGUGAUAGUAGUGUCACAGUUUCUGAGGGUGGCAGUGGGGAUAGUCAUCAUUCAGAUCAUGGCGUCCUCGGUGCUACUUUCUCUGACCACAGGGACGAUGCAGCAUCAAGUGGUUUGUGGUUGCCAUGGAAAGGGACUGAGCAGGAAGGUUCAAGAGUAAAGCCUUCUCAUUCUGUAUGGCCUUGUGUACAGAAUGAACUAAAGAAAGAUAAGUCUCACCAGAUCAAUCCCUCUUCUGGUGUUAAGUCUAAAAGCCAUGCCACUGAAAGUAAUAAGCCUACCAAUAACAAGGCUUCUAGUUCGCGGUCUUCCUGUAUAAAUGCGAACAGCACAAGCAGCGCUAGUAGCCGUGGAACUAUCAGCCACAGUCUUAGUAAUUGCUUGGAGUAUGAAAUUUUCUGGGAUGAUUUGACAAUCGGAGAACAAAUCGGACAAGGCUCAUGUGGAACUGUCUAUCACGGUCUUUGGUUUGGAUCUGUACGUUUAUGGCCUCUGGAUGUAGCUGUAAAAGUAAUCUCCAAACAAGAAUAUUCAGAAGAGGUCAUACAAUCUACUAGAGAAGAGGUAUCGUUGAUGAAAAGACUUAGACACCCUAACGUCCUGCUGUUUAUGGGAGCUGUGACUUUACCUCAGGGUCUCUGUAUAGUGUCAGAAUUCCUUCCACGGUUCAAUCUCUUCUCUUUUGUGGAAGUCUCUUCUGUCUACUGCAGAGAAGUAGGUCAAAACUUGAUUGGAGGAGGCGUAUCAAUAUGGCCGUGGACAUUGUCUGACAUUUACAGCUUUGGAGUAGUACUAUGGGAGCUUGCCACAGAGAAGAUCCCAUGGGAAAAUUUCAAUUCGAUGCAGGUGAUCGGAGCUGUGGGGUUCAUGAACCAGAGGCUGGAAAUUCCAAAGGACAUUGAUCCUGGUUGGAUCUCAUUAAUAGAGAGCUGCUGGCACAGCGAUACAAAGCUGAGACCCACAUUCCAAGAACUGAUGGAGAAACUAAGAGAUCUGCAAAGAAAGUAUACAAUACAGUUCCAAGCGAUUCGUGCUGCGUUAUGUGACAAGUCUCUUCUCAAGGACAACGCAAUGGAUGAGGAGCUGCUGAAGAAGAUGCUCGAGCUAGAGCAAAGUCAGGAGCAUCUAAAGCAGGAGAUGUCUAGGCUCAAGCUCUCGACGGAGCUUAGGCAGCCGUCGCAUCCGAUUUUGCCGCGUCGGCCGUUGAGCCGUAUCCAGGGAUCGCCCGGGAAGUUCACUGAUAAACAGUAUUUGAAUAUUUUGCAGUCGUUGGCUCAAUCUGUUCAUGUCUUAGAUCUAAAUACACGAAUUAUCUUUUGGAAUGCUAUGUCGGAAAAGCUUUAUGGGUACUCUGCUGCAGAAGUAGUUGGGAAGAACCCAGUUCAUGUUAUUGUGGAUGAUCAGAAUGCUGCCUUUGCCUUGAAUGUUGCUCGACGUUGUGUCAAUGGAGAGAGCUGGACCGGCGAGUUUCCUGUCAAGACCAAAUCAGGGGUCAUCUUUUCAGCUGUCACUACGUGUUCCCCCUUUUAUGAUGAUAACGGCACUAUUCUUGGCAUCAUUUCUAUCACAAGUGAUAUAGCACCCUAUCUCAACCCCAGACUCUCUUUGCCUAAAUUGAAGCCGCAAGAACAUGCAAGGAACUCCAAAGGAGCUGUUUCAUCGAAACUUGGCCUUGACUCUGAUCAGCCUAUACAAGUUGCUUUAGCAUCAAAGAUAUCAAACUUGGCAUCCAAGCUGAGCAACAAAGUCAGGUCAAAAAUGCGAGCAGGGGAUAAUAAUCCUGACCACAUGGACGAUGCAGCAUCAAGUGGUGCCAGCACAUCUAGAGAGGAUUUUAUCCAGUCUCCUUUUGGUGUAUUCACAUGUAACGAUGACAAGUUUCCUUCAAAACCCUUCAAAGAUUCCAGUAGUGAGAGUGAUAGAAAGCCUGCAAUCCAGAAGGUUCCCACCUCAAAAGCUGAAGAAUGGAUGGUAAAGAAAGGUUUGUCACGGCCAUGGAAAGGGAAUGAACAGGAAGGUUCAAGAGUAAAGCCUACUCAUUCUCUAUGGCCUUGUGUACAGAAUGAACAAAAGAAAGGUAAGUCUCAUGACCAGAUCAAUCCAUCUUCUGGUAUUAAGUCUGAAAGCUAUGACUCUGAAAGUAAUAAGCGUACUGAUGAUGACGAAGCUUCUAGUAUGUGGUCUUCCUCUAUAAAUGCGAACAGCACUAGCAGCGUUAGUAGUUGUGGAAGUACCAGUAGGAGUGUUAUGGACAAGAUUGAUAAAGAUAGCGAUCACCUGGAAUAUGAAAUUUUAUGGGAUGAUUUGACAAUCAGGGAACAAAUUGGACAAGGUUCAUGUGGAACUGUCUAUCACGGUGUCUGGUUUGGAUCUGAUGUAGCUGUGAAAGUGUUCUCCAAACAAGAAUAUUCAGAAGCGGUCAUAAAAUCUUUUAAACAAGAGGUAUCGCUGAUGAAAAGACUUAGGCAUCCUAACGUCCUGCUGUUUAUGGGAGCUGUGACUUUACCCCAGCGUCUCUGUAUAGUGUCAGAGUUCGUUCCACGUGGAAGUCUCUUCCGUCUACUGCAGAGAAGUAUGUCAAAACUUGAUUGGAGGAGGCGUAUCAAUAUGGCCUUAGACAUUGCUCGCGGUAUGAAUUAUCUUCACUGUUGUAGCCCACCCAUCAUCCAUCGUGAUCUGAAGUCGUCAAAUCUUCUGGUAGACAGGAACUGGACCGUUAAGGUAGCUGACUUUGGUCUUUCGCGUAUCAAGCAUCAGACAUACCUAACCAGCAAGUCGGGAAAGGGAACGCCUCAAUGGAUGGCACCAGAAGUUCUUCAAAAUGAGUCUGCUGAUGAGAAGUCUGACAUUUACAGCUUUGGAGUAGUACUAUGGGAGCUUGCCACAGAGAAGAUCCCUUGGGAAAAUCUCAACUCGAUGCAGGUGAUCGGAGCUGUGGGGUUCAUGAACCAGAGGCUGGAAAUUCCAAAGGACAUUGAUCCUGAUUGGAUCUCAUUAAUAGAGAGCUGCUGGCACAGCAACGAAUGGAACCAUGCUAUGGCGGGGUGCCCAUGUCUUCCAUCACUAAACAAGAAAUUGGCACCUGAAACAAUUGACUUUCUCAAAGCAGCAGCAGAAACAGAGACAAAAGAUGGACUGCUUCAGAAAUCUGCACGGUCUAAUCUCCCUGCAGUGAACGCAAUGGAGAAUCCACCUGCGGAGGAGCUGCUGAAGAAGAUACUAGAGCUAGAGGAGAGUCAGGAGCAUCUAAAGCUGGAGAUGUCUAGGCUUAAAGUAUCUACGGAGCUUAGGCAGCGAUCGCAUUCGGUGUCUCCUCAUCGUCCGGCGAGGAGAACUAUCGGCGAGGGAGCUCCGGUUUGGAGGAAAAGCGGUGCCGCCUCGUUUCGUAACGCUUCACCGUUGAGGAAGGAGAGCCGUAUCCAGAAUUCGAUGAGAUUGAGGUCUGAAGUUGGUGGCGGGGGACCAUCGGCUGGCAAAUUCACUGAUAAACAGUAUUUAAAUAUAUUACAGUCGAUGGCACAAGCUGUUCAUGCUUUCGAUCUUAAUAUGCGGAUAAUCUUUUGGAAUGCUAUGGCGGAAAAGGUUUACGGGUACUCUGCAGCAGAAGCACUUGGGGAGAACCCUAUUAAUGUUAUUGCAGAUGAUCGAGACGCUGCCUUUGCAAUGAAUAUUGCUCGACGUUGUGUCCGUGGAGAGAGCUGGACUGGUGAGUUUCCUGUCAAGAGCAAAUCAGGGGAUAGAUUUUCAGCUGUCACUACGUGUUCCCCCUUCUACGAUGAUGACGGUGCUCUGAUGGGGAUCAUUUGUAUCACAAGUAACACGGCACCAUAUCUAAACCCAAGAAUCUCUUUGGCUAAAUUAAAGGCGCAAGAAGAAGGUGAAACAAGCUCUAUCCCUGCAAGGAAUAGUUUUGCCUCUAAACUUGGCUUGGACUCCAGAGGAGCUGUUAUAUCCAAACUUGGCCUUGACUCUGACCAGCCUAUACAAGUUGCUAUAGCAUCGAAGAUCUCAGAUUUGGCAUCCAAGGUGAGCAACAAGGUCAGGUCGAAAAUGCGAGCAGGUGAUAAUAGUGCCACACUCUCGGAGGGUGGCAGUGGCGAUAGUCAUCAUUCAGAUCAUGGUGUCUUCGUGGCUACUCUCACUGACCACAAGGACGAUGCAGCAUCAAGUGGUGCCAGCACACCAAGAGGGGAUUUUCUCCAGUCUCCUUUUGGUGUAUUCACAUGUAAUGAUGACAAGUUUGUUUCGAAACCCUUCAAAGAUUCCAGUGAUGAGAGUGAUGGAAAGCCUGCAAUCCAUAAGGUUUUCACCUCAAAAGCUGAAGAGUGGAUGGUUAAGAAAGGUUUGUCAUGGCCAUGGAAAGGGAAUGAGCAGGAAGGUUCAAAAGGAAGACCUACAAAUUCUGUAUGGCCCUGGGUACAGAAUGCACAAGAGAAAGAGAGGUCUCACCAGAUUAGUCCCGCUGCUGGUGUUAAGUCUGAAAGCGAUGCCUUUGAAAGUAAUAAGCCUAUCAAUAAUGAGGCUUCUUGUUUGUGGUCUUCCUCUAUAAAUGCAAACAGUACAAGCAGCGCUAGUAGCUGCGGAAGUUCCAGCAGCAGUGUUAUGAACAAGGUUGAUACUGAUAGCGAAGGCUUGGAAUAUGAAAUUUUAUGGGAUGAUUUGACAAUUGGAGAACAAGUCGGACAAGGUUCAUGUGGAACUGUUUAUCACGGUCUCUGGUUUGGAUCUGAUGUAGCUGUAAAAGUGUUCUCCAAACAAGAAUAUUCAGCAGAGGUCAUAGAAUCUUUUAAACAAGAGGUAUUGUUGAUGAAAAGACUUAGACACCCUAACGUCCUGCUGUUUAUGGGAGCUGUGACUUCACCUCAUCGCCUCUGUAUAGUGUCGGAGUUCCUUCCACGUGGAAGUCUCUUCCGUCUACUACAGAAGAGCACAUCAAAACUGGAUUGGAGGCGGCGUAUCCAUAUGGCCUUGGACAUUGCUCGCGGUAUGAAUUACCUUCACCAUUGUAGUCCACCCAUUAUCCAUCGUGAUCUGAAGUCAUCAAAUCUGCUGGUAGACAGGAACUGGACCGUUAAGGUUGCUGACUUUGGUCUCUCGCGUAUCAAGCAUGAAACAUACCUAACCAGCAAGUCUGGGAAGGGAACGCCUCAAUGGAUGGCACCAGAAGUUCUUCGAAAUGAGUCUGCUGAUGAGAAGUCUGAUAUUUACAGUUUUGGAGUAGUAUUAUGGGAGCUUGCCACCAAGAAGAUCCCAUGGGAAACUCUCAACUCCAUGCAGGUGAUUGGAGCUGUGGGGUUCAUGGACCAGAGGCUGGAAAUCCCAAAAGACAUUGAUCCUAGUUGGAUCUCAUUAAUGGAGAGCUGCUGGCACGGUGAUACAAAGCUGAGACCCACAUUCCAAGAACUGAUGGACAAACUAAGAGACCUGCAAAGAAAGACCCAGAAGACGUUCAUGAGAACAGAGAAAGAUAGAGAAAAAUGGUCUGUUUUUGAGCAGUAGUAACAGUGGGUUGGUGUGUAAUUACAACAUGGAGGAGACUGAUAAGCAGAGACAGCCACUGAAAUUAUGGGAGUUGUGGUGUGAUGUAUUUGGGUCAUUACAUACACUACCAAAAGAAACGUAUGGCUCAGGUUAGUUACUGUAGUUUUGGUGGUCGGUUUCUGCUCUCUAUUUCUCUGGUGGAAGCUUAAAGAAAGGGCCUGAAAGGGA